CGUCGAGUCAGCGCUGUAUAAUCGACAGCAGUUGAUGUUUCUUUCUUACGUUCGGUCAAAAUGGCGGUAAUCUGGUUGCUCCAGGUCCUCUUCACCUCAGCACUGGGCGCUAGCUGUCUCCACAGAGGACAAAGAGCGGCUGAUGACGGGUUCCUCAUGGUCAACACCAGCUACGGCACUCUCAGGGGAAAGGUGGAUUCUACACCUUCAGUUCCUGUGGCCAAGUUCUUGGGUAUUCCUUAUGCUAAACCUCCAACAGGAUCACUACGCUUCAAAGCUCCCGUUACUCCGGAUAAGUGGAACGGUGUCAGGGAUGCACUUACAGUUGGGAAUGAGUGCUUGCAAAAAGAUAUGCCCCUUUUUAAUUUUCAAAAGACCACCCCAAAACGAAGUGAGGACUGUUUGUUCUUGAACGUGUACUCACCCACACAGAGAAAUUCCCAGACCCCACUGCCUGUGAUGGUGUGGAUACAUGGUGGAGCGUAUGUAAUAGGGUCCGGUUCUCAAUUUGAUGUCACUUCUCUAGCGACAAAAGGAGUCGUGCUGGUUUCUUUGAACUACAGGCUGGAUGUUUUUGGCUUCUUGUCAACCGAAGACGACACAUUGCCAGGAAACUAUGGGAUGUUGGAUAUGAUCGCUGCUCUACAGUGGGUGAGGGAAAACAUUGCUUAUUUUGGGGGUGACCCGAACAUGGUGACUAUUUUUGGGGAAAGUGCUGGCGCAGGAGCUGUCUCUCUCCUCACUCUGUCGCCCUUAGCUGAUGGUCUGUUCCAGAGAGCGGUUAUGGAGAGUGGCGUUUCUCUUUGUCCUUGGUCAAUUGACUACCCAGGAAAUCGAGUGUCGUCUCGCAUGAUAGCCCGGCUGACGAGUCAGGUCGCUCAGUGUGACGACUUGAAUAAUCCAACAGCGCUUUUGUCAUGUCUACAACAGAUUGAUGCAAAUAAACUACUAAAUGCUUCCAUUACCAUUUUUAACGCAUUGGAAGUGGGAAUAACAUAUUUGACCCCUAGAGUUGAAACAACGUUUGGCUUCUUACCAGAGUCACCAGCUACUCUUCUCUCUAAAGGAAAAAUCAGCCACGUAGACACCAUCAGGGGCUUUAAUAGUGAUGAAAUCGGAUUAUUUACUAACGUUUUCUCUAAAAGUCCACCUGUUCAAUUCUCAGAGAAGGUGGCUAGACAAGUUAUUGGCGAGCAGCUUCAACAAUUCACUAAACGUGACCAGGAAAAACUUCUGAAAGUAUUGACGUCAACGUUUUUGACAAACACGUCCAGCAGUGAUGUCUUAAGGAGAGCAUCUCUAGACGCCAGGGACAACUUUUCCUUUGUGGGUCCAACAAUCGUGGAGCUGGAUUACGUUGUGCGCAAUGUCCCAGAUAAGAAACAUUACUUGUACGAGUUCAGUCACAGACCAAGCUUCAGUAAACGUCCACCAUGGAUGUCAGCUAUACACGUGGACGAGUUAUUUUUCGUUUUUGACGUUCAAGAGAAAAGGUUCACCGACAAAGGCUUUGGGCCUCCUGAUGCUGACGACAUUCAGGUAUCUCAACAGAUGAUGGAAAUGUGGACCAACUUUGCCAAGACUGGGAACCCGACGUCAACAGUGCCCACUGGUGGAGUGACGUGGAGCCAAUACCUUAGCCCUACUGCACCUCACUAUCUAUUUAUUAAUUCUGCUUCUGAGUUAAGACUCUGGUCACAGCCUGAUGUCGCAGAUGUAUCUCGCAAAGUUCUCGACGUUUUAGAGUGAAGCAGCACAGCAUCCGUUAACGUCAGUAUUGGGUAGAAGAUUGAAAAUACUGAACAUAAAAUUGAUAAACUUUUAGUCAUCCUUU